ACUGCUUGACCCUGGGCACGUUGGAGAUGAGCGCCAUGAGAGCCGCAACACUGCUGUUGCUGCUCUGCUGCCGCUGCGCCGCAGAGACGCAGCGGCCCGCUGCUGCGACAGCCUACUACAUCGCAGCGGUGGAGAUCGGUUGGGAUUACCUGGACGACGUUGACCCUGCGUCCGACCAAAGGAGAGAUGUUCCUCAAAAAUACAUCAAGGCAGUCUACAGGGAGUACACAGACCCUAAAUACACUGUCCCCAAACCAAAGCCAGCAUGGACAGGUAUUCAAGGCCCAGUGAUUGUGGUCCAGGCUGGUCACAGUGUGGUGAUCCACUUCAAAAACCUGGCCUCUCAGCCCUACAGCAUCAGCCCUGUGGGGAUCACCUACGGGAAACAGUCUGAAGGAGCCGGCUAUGAUGACUCCACAGCAGGCCAGGAGAAGGAGGAUGAUGCUGUCUCUCCUGGAGGCUACUUUGAGUAUGUGUGGAACAUCAGUUAUAAAGACGGUCCGACUGCGAGUGACCCAGAGUGCCUCACCUACUCCUACUCAUCCCAGGUGGACACGGUCCGAGAUUUAAACUCAGGACUCAUCGGUGCCUUGCUCAUCUGCAAACCAAGUGCCUUCACAAACAAUGGCCAUAGGAGAAACCCAAUGUUUGUCCUGCUGUUUGCCGUGUUUGAUGAGACCAAGAGCUGGUAUGGAGAGGUAGGAGAGAGGAUGAGCAGGGAGAAGUUCAAGAAAAGCAUCGGCAGAAAGGAAUACCACACCGUCAAUGGAUAUGUCAACUCUACGUUACCCGGUUUGACAAUGUGUCAAAGCCGUAAACAUGUAUUCUGGCAUCUGAUUGGGAUCGGCACAACACCAGAAAUCCACUCCAUUCAGUUUCAGGAUCACACUAUGCAGGUGUUGAACCAUCGCAAAGUCAACGUUGAGGUGACCCCCAUGACAUUCAUCACUGCAGAAAUGAGACCUGCUACUUUAGGCCGCUUCCUUAUGAGCUGUCAGAUACACGCUCACCGCCACGAUGGCAUGAACGCCUUUUUCACUGUGGAGAAAUGUCCUGACCCCGUGAUUCUGCCGGGACCCGACCUGCGUAACGUCAAAAGCAAGGAUAACGUGGUCAUCGAUGACGAAUAUAGUGACGACUACAGUGACGAAGACGAGGAUUUGUUCAACACCAUAAGCGUUAAGGCAAAGAAAACACAACUGCAAGCAAGAGCCAGCGGAGGGCAGCCCCUUAUAACCUGGGAGCAUUACAUCGCCGUUGAAGAGGUCACCUGGGACUACACCCUUAAUCUCAAACCCACAGAUAGUGAGUUGCGGUCAAGAUAUUUGGUUGCACCCUCCCAUCACCUGGGCUACAAGUAUAAAAAGGCGGUGUAUAAAGAAUACACAGAUGGAUCUUUCACAAAGAAAAAGAACCCAGACACGACAUUGCUCGGUCCACUUCUGAAAGGAAAAGUCAACGAUCAAAUCCAUAUUACUCUCAGAAACUUGGCCAGUCGGCCUUUCAACAUCUACCCCAUCGGCCUGACCAACAUCUCUCCACUGCAGAGAUCUGCAAAUGCUGCAGAGAAGGACUUGCGAUCCAUGGAAGUGCCACCCAACGGGACGUUUAGCUAUGUGUGGAGGCUAACAGCAGACGAUGGACCCUUGGGGGGAGACCCCCAGUGUCUGACCCAGCUGUAUCAGAGCACCGUCUCCCGAGAGAGGGACUUGGCCUCCGGGUUGGUGGGCACCCUGCUCAUCUGCAAAUACAACUCCAUGGACACCAGAGGACGUCUGUUGGGCCCAGAUAAAGAGUGGAGCCUGAUAUUUGCUGUGUUUGAUGAGAACAGAAGUUGGUACUUCAACGAAAACAUGCAGAAGUCCAGCCAAAACCUCCCGAACAUCACAGACCCUGAAUUCUACAAGUCUAAUGUCAUUUACAGUAUAAACGGCGAGAUGUUCCCCGGGCGACAGUUUGUGGCGUCUCAGAAUGACAUUGCCUUCUGGCAUGUGGCCAAUGUAGGCACCCAGAGUGACUUCCUCUCUGUUUACUUCACGGGAAACGUCUUUCAGUACCACGGCCUUUACCAGUCCGUCCUCACCCUCUUCCCCAUGACUGGCAUAACGGUUCCCAUGGAAACCGAGCUGAUUGGUGAGUGGGAGAUCAGUGCCUAUGAUGGCAACCUCAAGAGCAAGGGGAUGAGCAUCCGCUACACCGUACGUCCAAGCGAAGAUGGAUACCGAGUUGAUGAGAAGGAGAUUCCAGACGACAUCUCUGACUAUUUAGAUCUACAGCCGAGGGGCAGAAGACCUAAAAGUGCCACAGUGUUGGUUCCAGUGAGUAAGAAGCCCCUCGCUAAUAACAAUACUCAAUCAGGAAACACUUCCGGUCAAAAUGUCGCUUGUAAUAAAACUGAAGGGACUGGGGGUGAAGAACCUUCAGCAUCUCAGAUGAAGGAAGUGACAGCAAUAUCACCGGAAGCAGAAGGAAGAAUCCCGCAGGAUAUCUUGGAGGAAAUAGAAAGAGUUGGGGAGCGGACAGUUCCUGAGAAUGGGAGUGAACCUGGAGGAGAGGGAGGUGUCAGGCACAAGAGACAAGCAGACAACUUCUGGCCAGAUGUAGAUGUCAGUUCUGGAGCCUCCGCAGAUGAAGGACCUGGGAUAGAGAUCGGAGAAAAAGCUGUGGAAAAUAGGACUGAGGUUGGUGGCCAGGUCAAAGCUGAGGGAAGGAAUGAAGCAUCCGGUGUGAAUAAUGGGACGAGUGAAGACCUUGAAGAGAACAACGAGAUCUUACUUGACAGGAAUCCACAGCCAAACGAGAAAGAAUCAACUGUGGGGCUAAGUAAAUCAGAAGAGAUGGAUCAAAACUUAGUGCCACAAAACGACAUCCGGUCUGAACCUGAACAACGUACAGCAGAUCUGAGGGUUCUGGAAUACAACGACACGGUCGAUUACAACAUCACAACAGGGCUUGAGCUGUCCUUCGAGUAUGAUGACUACGAACAAGAGCUGAACAGUACAUCAUAUGUACUUGGUACGGAUUACAUGGACCUGCGUUCUGGAGAGACCAGAUAUCGCCACUACUACAUUGCUGCUGAGGAGAUCAGCUGGGACUACGGCAUCAGAAAACCACAUCAGUUCAUCAAACCCAGAGAGAUGCGUCGAGGGAUGAGGAAGUUCCUGCCCGUGUAUAAGAAGGUGGUGUUUCGAGCCUACGCCGAUGAACACUUCCUCGUUCCUGUGGGCAGAGGAGAGCAACAAGAACACCUGGGAAUUAUGGGACCUUUCAUCAGAGCGGAGAUAAAUGAUGUCCUCACUGUGGUCUUCAAGAACAAGGCAUCCAGGCCUUACUCUUUUCACCUUCAGGGGGUGUAUGACCUCAGCCAGGGGGCCGGCUUCGUCAAAACUCAAUCCCCAUCUGCUCCAUCCGGGGUCCCAGGAGAGCCUGUGGCCCCUGGGAAGGCACGGACAUAUAACUGGAGCGUAACCAGGAAACAAGGACCAACUGACACUGAAUUUGCCUGCAAGACUGGGUCUUACUACUCUACUGUGGAUAAGGAGAAGGACCUUCAUUCGGGGCUGAUUGGUCCACUGGUGAUCUGCAAGUCUGGAAUUCUCCGGACUCGUCAGAACACACAGCCAAAUGUCCAGGAGUUCGCCCUUCUUUUCCACACCUUUGAUGAAACUAAAAGCUGGUACCUGGAGGAGAACCUGCGGCUCCACUGUUCUCCGCCCUGUCAGGCCAACACUCAGGACCCCUGGUACCACAUGAGCAAUAAGUUUGCAGCAAUAAAUGGUUAUGUGGCAGAGACACUUCCUGGUCUGCUGGUCGCCCAGCACCAGCAGACCAGGUGGCACCUGCUGAAUGUUGGAAGUGAUGGAGAGUUCCACGCUGUGCACUUCCAUGGUUUACCGUUCACUGUUCACAAUGAAAACGAACACCGUAUGGGGGUCUACAACCUCUUCCCUGGAGUGUUUGGCACGGUGGAGAUGAGACCACCCACAUUAGGCACGUGGCUGGUGGAGUGCACGAUAGGAGACUACCAGCUCGCCGGCAUGAGGGCGAAACUACUGGUCUACAGUCCAGGAUGUCGCGUUCCUCUGGGGAUGAAAUCAGGAAGGAUUGAAGAUUCGCAGAUCACAGCAUCAGAUUACAUAGAUAACUGGGAGCCGAGGUUGGCGAGGCUGGAUCAGUCUGGUUAUAUCAAUGCCUGGAUGGGCAGAAACAAAAUGUCAUGGAUACAAGUUGAUCUUCAGAGGCCCGCCCUGUUGCACGGUGUGCAGACGCAGGGAGUCAGGUCGAAGCUGAGGGACAACUACAUUGCACUCUUCCACAUCUCCUACAGCCUGGACCAAGAGACAUGGACCACUUACAGGGGAAACGGAACCAAGCAGUACAAAUUAUUUCAUGGCAACAUGGACAGCUCCAAGGUGAAAAACAACCUCAUCAAUCCACCAUUUGUGGCUCGCUACGUCAGGAUUCAGCCCCUAAACUUUGUGCAAAGGCCUGCUCUCCGUCUGGAGCUGCUGGGUUGCGAUCUCAACAGUUGCUCUCUCCCUCUCGGACUCAAGGACGGGCGGAUUCCUGACAGCAACAUUAGUGCCUCCUCAUUUUAUUCAUCUUUGCUGCGUAGCUGGAGCCCCAAGCUCGCUCGCCUCUACCAGGAAGGCAGAGCCAACGCCUGGAGGCCAAAGAACAACAACCCUCACGAGUGGCUGCAGGUUGACUUGGGGAAAGUAAGCCGCAUCACAGGGAUCAUAACCCAGGGAGCACGUUCACUGUUGACCCAAAUGAUGGUGACCGAGUUCUCAGUCACCAUCAGUCACGAUGGUCACUCCUGGACCAGUGUGUUGGAGGAAAGCUCCCAAAGAGAAAAGAUCUUCACAGGAAACAGCGAUUCAGACGAGGAAGCUCUCAGCGUUUUCGAUCCUCCUCUGUUCGGCCACUACCUCCGCGUCCACCCGCGGGGUUGGUUCAACGGCAUCGCCCUGCGUCUCGAGGUCCUGGGCUGUGACACAGAGUAGGGGCUCUGACACUGCCGGGACGACUCACCAACGCCAAGCAGCAACAUUUUAGUAGCGUCAUGUAUCCUGGUUUCAUUUUGGAGUUUGUUAUUAAGAGCACUUAUGAUAUUAAGCUAUUUGUGUAAGAGAAGCUAUUUGUUCUGUGGCCACAACUUUGUUUACAUUUCGGUUGACAAAGAAUCCUGUUUGAUGUCAUUUUAAAAAGGAUAUCUGAUGUUGGUAGAAAUCUAUUUUAAGAUGUGAGUUUAAAGAGAGACACAGUUUUAAAAUCUGUUGAGCAACACAGUAUUGGCUUUGCUUUAACUUCAGAGCACACCUUUUGAAUGUAAGUGUGUGUAUAUAUUUCAGAUGGAUGUAUAAAGUUUGAAGGGUUGAUGUAUAUUGUUGGAAAAGUUAGUAUUAAUGUAUUUUUCUGCCUUAUUAGAGUUUAUAUAAACAAUGAAUCUCAA